GGCGGGUUCUCAGCCCUCUGCUCGCCCCAGGUGAAGGCCAUGGCGGGCUGGAUCCAGGCCCAGCAGCUGCAGGGGGAUGCGCUGCGCCAGAUGCAGGUGCUGUACGGGCAGCACUUUCCCAUCGAGGUCCGCCACUACUUGGCUCAGUGGAUCGAGAGCCAGCCCUGGGACGCCAUCGAUCCAGAAAAUCCCCAGGACCAAGCCCAGGCCACCCAGCUGCUGGAGGGCCUGGUGCAGGAGCUGCAGAAGAAGGCCGAGCACCAAGUGGGGGAAGAUGGGUUCUUGCUGAAGAUCAAGCUGGGGCACUACGCCACCCAGCUCCAGAACACGUAUGACCGCUGCCCCAUGGAGCUGGUCCGCUGCAUCCGGCACAUUCUGUACAAUGAGCAGAGGCUGGUCCGAGAAGCCAACAACGGCGCCUCUCCUGUUGGGAUGCUGGUUGACGCCAUGUCCCAGAAACACCUUCAGAUCAAUCAGACAUUUGAAGAGCUAAGACUGGUCACGCAGGACACGGAGAACGAACUGAAGAAGCUGCAGCAGACUCAAGAGUACUUCAUCAUCCAGUACCAGGAGAGCCUGAGGAUCCAGGCUCAGUUUGCCCAGCUGGCCCAGCUGAACCCGCAGGAGCGUCUGAGCCGGGAGACAGCCCUGCAGCAGAAGCAGGUGUCCCUGGAGGCCUGGCUGCAGCGCGAGGCCCAGACGCUGCAGCAAUACCGCGUGGAGCUGGCCGAGAAGCACCAGAAGACGCUGCAGCCUUGGCUGUCUUACGUCACCAGUGGCCGGGCUCCCGGCACAGACUUUGGUGCCCCCGUCGUGCCCCCCGCCUGGGAAGGGGGUCACUGUGUGGGGGUGGAGCAGGGCCAGGUCUUGGGGGGCUCACCCCAGCCUGGAGCCUCUUCACCUUUGGCCUGGGGGAGGGGUGAAGGCCUGUCCUUUCCUUUGGCCCCGGGGCUGGGGUGCAGGUGUGAGAAGUUGGCCGAGAUCAUCUGGCAGAACCGGCAGCAGAUCCGCAGAGCUGAGCACCUCUGCCAGCAGCUGCCCAUCCCCGGCCCCGUGGAGGAGAUGCUGGCUGAGGUCAAUGCCACCAUCACAGACAUCAUCUCCGCCCUGGUGACCAGCACGUUCAUCAUUGAGAAGCAGCCCCCUCAGGUCCUGAAGACCCAGACCAAGUUUGCGGCCACCGUGCGCCUGCUGGUGGGGGGGAAGCUGAACGUGCACAUGAACCCCCCCCAGGUGAAGGCCACCAUCAUCAGCGAGCAGCAGGCCAAGUCGCUGCUCAAGAACGAGAACACCCGCAACGAGUGCAGUGGAGAGAUCUUGAACAACUGCUGCGUCAUGGAGUAUCACCAAGCCACUGGCACCCUCAGCGCCCAUUUCAGGAACAUGUCGCUAAAGAGGAUCAAGCGCGCUGACCGGCGGGGCGCGGAGUCCGUGACGGAGGAGAAGUUCACAGUCCUGUUUGAGUCUCAGUUCAGCGUGGGCAGCAAUGAGCUUGUGUUCCAGGUGAAGACCCUGUCCCUUCCUGUGGUGGUCAUUGUUCACGGCAGCCAGGACCACAAUGCCACGGCCACCGUGCUGUGGGACAACGCCUUUGCCGAGCCCGGCAGGGUGCCCUUUGCCGUGCCUGACAAAGUGCUGUGGCCGCAGCUGUGUGAAGCGCUCAACAUGAAAUUCAAGGCCGAAGUGCAGAGCAACCGGGGCCUGACCAAGGAAAACCUCCUGAGGGUCUGGAUGAGGACAAGAGGCACUGAUGGUUUCCUGGGCCACCUGUGACAACAGGGGCCCCAACCCUGACUUGGGGUUUCCUGGGGUUCUCAGGAGAACUUGCCGGGCUGGAACUAUACCUUCUGGCAGUGGUUUGACGGGGUCAUGGAGGUGCUGAAGAAGCAUCACAAGCCCCAUUGGAAUGACGGGGCCAUCCUAGGUUUUGUGAAUAAGCAGCAGGCCCAUGACCUGCUCAUCAACAAGCCCGAUGGGACCUUCUUACUGCGCUUUAGCGACUCAGAAAUCGGGGGCAUCACCAUUGCCUGGAAGUUUGACUCUCCUGACCGCAACCUGUGGAACCUGAAGCCGUUCACCACGCGAGAUUUCUCCAUCCGGUCCCUGGCCGACCGGCUGGGCGACCUGAGCUAUCUCAUCUACGUGUUUCCCGACCGGCCCAAGGAUGAGGUCUUCGCCAAGUACUACACGCCCGUGCUCGCUAAAGCAGUGGACGGAUACGUGAAGCCACAGAUCAAGCAAGUGGUCCCUGAGUUUGUGACGUCUGCAGACUCUGCUGGGGGCAAUGCCACCUACAUAGAACAGGCCCCCUCCCCGGCUGUGGGUCCCCAGGCUCAUUACAACAUGUACCCACAGAAUCCUGACCCCGUCCUUGAGCAGGAUGUAGAAUUUGACCUGGACGAGACCAUGGAUGUGGCCCGGCACGUGGAGGAACUCCUACGCCGCCCGAUUGACAGUCUGGACCCCCGCCUGUCCCCGCCUACCGGGCUCUUCAGCUCUACCAGAGGCUCGCUCUCCUGAAUGUGUGCAUCCCACACUUCUUGGAAACAAUAACCCGUGCAAAGGGUUCAUAGAAAUUGCAAUUUUCGUGUUACUGUGCGUAUUGGUGCCCUUGCAGGGCACCGUGUAUAUUUGUGUGCGAGGUGUGCCACCUCGCCUUCGCAGUCCUAGGUGUGUGGCUGCUGCCCAGGCAGCCGCCUUUUCCUCCAGAUCAAGGUAUUUCAGGAGAGCCCAGGGGCCUGUCUCUGCGGUGGGAGAGACUGAGCUGCUUCUGUCGCGACAGGUACUCAGUGCAGGAAACCGCCUCCUGCUGGGGCCUCCAUCUGCUCAGCAGCUAUUUGAAUGAAACUGUUCAAGGAGGGGAAUAGAGACGGCCAGCAUCUCUAAGCUCUACUCCUGACUUAGAAGCUUUGCCUCCCAAGUGUGUGCGCGCGCGCACAUAUAUGUGCACCUGCUCUCAUGCACGCGUGUUGGUCUAUUGCUUCUUCCCUUGGAAGGGAGGUUGGGGAUGAACAUGGACUCCAGACUUUUUGUGAAGUGAGAGCUUAUCUAGGUGGUGGCCAAGUCCCUCGACCUCGAUGGGUCAUUUGAGUAGGCCCCGCCAAAGCCGCCCUGAGCGUGUAAUUUCUUGGCCUCCCAUCUGGAGCGUGAUGCCAUAGCCAACGCUCCCGCUCCUUCUCACUCAACAUCCCCACCCCUCCAUCUGGCCCCGCCUCCUCUCCUUGCCUCUGUUGCUUAUAGGAGAGGUAGGAGAGGGGAAGACAGGUGCAGGACCUGGUGUGAACAGGGGGCCCAGGACUUGUAGGACUGACCCCUCUGAUCCUGGAAGUAACCUGCAUGGAGAGACAGCAGCCAGGCAGUGGGAUCUGGAGUGAGGGGUGAAAGCUGAUCUCUGCUUCCACGCUGCUGGGAGGUGGAACCUAGAAGAGGCCUCAUCACAGUUGCAUAACCCGCUGUGGUGGGAGAAGGCUUGCUGGCUCCGCCCUCCCAGGCUCUCUGGCCUGCAGCCAGGGGCAGCUGACAGUGGGACAGUGGGAGCCCCAGGUGGAAACCUCUCUGAAGGCGCAGGGGGGUGAGAAGAGGGAGUCUUUUGUACUUUGUACAUAGGCCACACAUUUGUGAAAAGUGUUUUUAAAUAAAAAAAUUUUUUUUUUUUCAUAAAA